ACACAGCACACACUAAAACAGCUCUACACUUUGAAAGCAAACCCCACUGACAUUUGAUGGGACAGCAGAGGAAACACUGACUCCUGUGGAGGGGUUAGUGUGUAAUUGUGUGUGUUUGCCAAUCACAACCAAACUCCACCCAGUCAGAGGGUGUGUGUGUGUGUGUGUGUGUGUGAGGAGCGACCUUACCCUCCCUAAAGUACCUUCUGUGUCUGGUGAAAUGUUUGUGUGUGAGGGUGUGUGUGUGUGUGUGUGUGUGUGUGUGCGCUGCCUUUUCUCUAAAUAACCUGUUGAUCCAGUCACUCAGUCUCAGGAGGCAGCAGACUCGGCUCUUCAUUUGUUCCUCUUUCUCGUGGAUUUCAUCUGACUAGGAGCUUCAGCUGAAUCACUCUGCAAGGAAGACCCUGCUUGAGAGGGGAUAGCCUCGCCUGAAGUCGCCUCACUGACAGAGCUACAGACCUGUCUGCGCUGGGUUUCUGUGUCCGUUUGAGUUGUAAAUCUGCGUAGCUGAAAGGAAAUCAUGUCAGCGAUACACACCUUGGCCUGUUUCCUCCUCUGGAUCAGCUUUGCCACCCAGAACAAAACCCCAGAUGUCACUGUGACGUGUUUUGUUUCCGAGGAGUGCUUGCUCCCCUGCAGCUUCCAACCAGGCAGCAAAGAGACCAUCGAGUGGUUCAAACAGGACGCAGAGUUUUACAAAUUCAAGCGGGCCGACAACGAUGAUGAUGAUGAUGAUGAUGAUGAUGAUGAUGAUGAUGAUGAUGAUGAAGAUGAAGAUGAUGAUGACAGCAGUGAAGAGCACAAGACAGAUGACGACCGAGCCUCCAUUGUCCCAGAACUGAUUUCGCGGGGCAAUGCCACACUGAUCAUCAAAGGGAGCACUCUCAAGGACAGAGGCACGUACAGGUGUCACGUGAACACCUCGAAGGGCGAACACAAUGCUAAGGUCAUCGUGAAGGUGGAAGCACCCAUCAGAGGCCUGUCUGUGGAGCUGUCGAGGCUGAGCGGCUACGAGGAGAUGAAAUGCAUGGUCCAUAAUGUCUUCCCGGCUCCUCGUGUAACCUGGGCGACCGAACCACCCACUUUCGAGGACCUCCGACCGGUCACGCGCAUUCUGGCCAACAAACAGAAGCUGUACUUGGUCGACAGCCGCCUCAAGAGGCUGAACGGACACCCUGACCUCAUCUACAUCUGUAAAGUCACGAGUUCCUACGGUGGUCCGACCUGGACCGCCUCACUCAGGGAAAGAGUAGAAAUUAAAGGAACUGAAGGAAGAGACCUUACCAUCCCCUGCCACGCCCCUUCUUACCUGAACAAACCCUCCCUCAAUUGGAGCUUCUCCAACAGCGAGGACCCCUCCCACAUCCUCACCUACAACAGCCGGUCGGGGGACAGCACAUCCUCGUCAUACUGGGACAACCACGUGGAGCUGGACGGCUUCAGAGUCCCGUUUGGAGACGGCUCGCUGCGACUGAUGGACCCCAAGCACUCGGAGCACACGGGCAGCUACACCUGUGUGUUCUCCAUCCCGUACACCACUCACACCGAACGCACUGAAGUCACUAUCAAGAAUCCUGCCGAAGAGCAAAGACUUUCAAAAGAACCGUCUUAUUGGUGGAUUGUCGGUCUGGUGAUUGCGCUGCUGGUUCUCGCGCUGGUGGGCUUGCUGGCCUACCUGAAGGUGAAAGGACGCAACCUGAAGUGCAGAAAUGACACCGAGGUGCCAACAGAGCUGCAUUUAGUCAAAGACUCGACAGCAGACAGUAACCUGAAUGAGAGCAGCCCUUUGACUGCAGGCGACACCAACGGACAAUCAGGCCCCCAGACCAGCACUCAGUUAACAUGAUAACCGAAACACCCAAGACUAACAAAUUAACAAAGCACACAUGCAUACACACACAGCUACACAAGGAACUAACAGCUUCUUAGAAAAAAGUUUAUUUAAAAUUGUAUUAUAUUAUUUCUAAGUACUAUGUGGGCACAUUUGGGUGUUUUUGAAGAACGUUUGACACCCUGAUAUAACGUUACUUUUUAGAGUGUAUAUGCUGAAGUGUAGAACAUGCACUCACAGAACAGAUGCUUUCAAUGUAUUUAUGAGGGGUUUGUGAACCCUGAUAGUGCAGCUAUGAAUCUUUUGUUAUUUCAGGAACCCUAAGUGGAAUGUCGUCUUGUAGAGAAGCCUAACGACGGCUCCUGCUGAGCCUAAAAGCCUGUUUCCAAAGCUCUACAGUUAGCAGACUCAUUACCUUGUUAGCUUAGCUUACUGAGACAUAUACGUUCACACAGAUAAGAAGUCUAUGUGCCAUUGACUGCUGUCUCAUAAUGGUCUGUAAACCAUUGCUUUGUUUUGGAGCAAGUGAUACAGAUGAGGUUAAAUAAAUGUGAAUAUGUUACACAGCUUACAAACUACGAUAGAUUUCGAACUCUCCGGCUCUCCUUCCCCUUAAAAGGUCAUCUCUGUUUAGACGGUUUAAUUGGUCAGUGAUGCAAAUGUGUCACCAAAGUUUCAGAACAAGACUGAAGUUAUUGAAAUUUGCUGCAAAAUGUAUCUGCUUUAAACGCUGGUAUGAUGAGGCCUUUAAUCAGACAGCAGGCUAAGCAAACACUGGAACAAGAGGAGGAAAUGUUUUGUAAUUUUUAAAGUUGUUUAAAGUUUUAUGUUCUUGCACGGUUCUUCAGAUGAGAUGAAAAUAAACAGGAAUGCAAAAAAAACCGCACAUAGUCAUGCAUUUAUACUUGUGCGUGGGUGUCUCUGUCAUUCUGCAAUCACACCCCCAAAAGCUAGUCAGCAGUAGCGCUAUAGCGUCCACUGUCUUGACUUUUGCCAGCCGAGCAGGCUAACUUCCAGUUUAGCGUUCCGGGGUAAAAUUGUAUACGUGCGGCUGGUGUAGCCUUUUCAAAUGUUAUCGACCGAGUGGAUCACAUUCUGAUAGCGAAACGAGUCAUUUCGCUCGUAUUGUGACGGUCAAAUAUAUUGAUCCAUCGUGUUACAGCCUCCGUUUUGGCCACUAGUAAAAGUCACUUCAAAGCACGGGGCACUUCCUGUCGGCUCGGAGGCACUGCAGGGCUACCCAACUGACCAAUCACAGUGCUUACGGUCCGCGUCGCCUCGAUGUGUAGUUAAAUUUUUCAGGAGGUGCACGUCAGGCGUAGGUGACACGUAGGCUACGGGGCUAUGCAGAGGCUACGGCGAUUUGACGCAUAAGUAUAAAUUACGCUUAAGGUCCUGUGGUUCCUUAGUUCUUGGCAGUAUUUAGCAGAAAACAGGCUUUCCUGAAGAACUCCAGGGACCAUUUGCAAAGUUACAAUGAGGCUGAGAACCAAAAAGCCGCAUCACUACGCUUGUGUGCCAUAAAAGCCUCACAUGCCUCUGUAUGAAUUUUAUGAUGUUUUGAACCAGGUAAGAAAUUAUGUUUUCUAUUGAAGUUGGUGUCAAUCAUUGCUGGCACUGGUCGAGAUUCAGCAUCCUGCUCUCAGCCACUUGCACAGGCUGGGUUUCCAAAAUCAAAGACUGAUUUCAUGUUCUACUACCUACGCUGUCCUGCUGCAUUUAAACCUUCACUGAACUUAAAGGACACUGAGAAAGGUCAAGCUCCUUCUGGGAAUUUUUUUCCUGGACUUUAAAUACGAAUGUGACUGUUAAUCACUGAUGUGACUCAACUAUAUAGGCUUUCAUUCUGACGUGAAGAGAUUAACGUUUAACUUUAACUGUCUUCUCUCUGCGCUGCCACUCUUUGUUGUAAAUAUGCAUCAUGUUUUACAAAUUAUACUUGACUUCUUUCACAAAUGUGUCAUAAAUGAUGUACCAUUAUUAAAAAAGCUAAUCACCUUG